GGAGGACCGACUCGGACAAAGCUGUGGUGGAGAUGACGUCGGGAACGCGACCAAUCAGACUGACCCCAUCGCCAUUUCACCCACGAUCUCCCGACCUGCCCCAGACAGCUCGCGCUCAACGGGUGGUCGUCUUCCCACUUCAUCCGGCACGUCAUCCCUCUCCCUUGUACCAACAUCAAGUCGAAAUCAGCCCACAGAAAAGAUGAUUGGAGCCUCGAGAAUACUGCUACGCGGCGGCGCGCGUACGUUCCACACGUCGGCGAGGAGGAUGGCGGAUGCUGCGCCAUUGCCUCCGAGGCGACCCAUGGGUGCUUUCCGCGGAGGUCUCUUCGGAUUCCUCUUCGGUACUGUUCUCUCUGGCAGCGCUGUCUAUUCCUACCUCGUGGGGGAGUAUAAGGCCUCGAACGACCUGUUGACCGAGGACAUCUACACCCUGCAAGCCUCCGUCACGCGCCUCACAAACUACGUUCAGAACCUCGAGACCCGCCUACAGGAGAAGAAGAAAUAGCUGCCACCUGCGAGGGCUGGCUUGAAGAAGAGCAUUCAGUAACAAGGGAGCAAAGUUUUGAGCAAGAAUGCGAAACAUACAUGUAUCACUAGCCGUGAGAUGGACAUGUCCAGGGUCAGAUGCAGUCAGAUAGUCUGGCAGUGAUUCAGGCCAUCUAUUCUUGGAGCUGCCAUUGCGGCACUAAGGCGAGAGAGUAAAUGUCAAACCAAUACGUUCAAACAUCAGACACACAGGCAUAUUGCAUCAUAGUCGUAAAGGAUAUCAUUGUCAACUGUAAAAUCCCCUUUUGGGGACAUCCAUGAACCAGCGCCCGUAAGUCAUCAAAAGCUAUGAUUUAGUUCCU